AUGAUGGGUGAGCAUCUUGUGUUGUUGGAGCCCAUCUCAUCAUCCAGUCCACAGGCCAGCUGAGGCUGCUGCGCAUGCGCGUCAUGCUGCGCACCGGAGCAGCGCUAAUGGCGGAGAGCGUGCGGUCGCCGUUCGACUACCGGGAGCCCCCGACCCUCGACAGCGACGGGGAUGGCAGCAAGCCGCCGCCACAGCGUGGGCGUGUGUGUGGCAGGAAGAGGAAGGGGACCCCGGUGAAGGUGUGUGAGCGUGCAGCAUAUGUGUCAGAAGAUGAAGAGGAGAGUCUGUCUGAACACAGCUACAGCCCAGGAGAUGAGCAGUACACGGAGGGUGCCGAGGAUACGCUCCCUCCACCGGGCAGCCCAUACUAUCUCACUGAUCACACACAACUCUGCGUGCCUGAGCUCGAUGAGGAGGGUUCGAGUGGAGUCCGAGGUCCUGUGCUGUUUCAUCCGCCACCCAACUGCAGGAUUCGAGAGGUGCACUGUGGCAGUCAGGUGCGGCUUGUCGUCAUAGCGAUUCGAGAUAUCGCCAAAGGCGAGGAGAUCACGGUGGACUACAGCCUGACCGACUGGGGAGAAAAUCCUAUGGGUUUCCAUACUUCUGUGUCCCCACGUGGGUUUGAAUGUGGAUUCAACCCAGAAAACAACAUCAAGAAGGAGGAGGAGCCAGGCUCGCUUCCACUGUCUCUCACUGUUUCUGACUAUCUCACUCCAUCAUGGUCUCUCUCGCCCUCCUCCUCGCCGCUCUCUCACUCUGAGGCCAGCGACUCCGACCGAGAGGAAGACGAAGAGGAGGAAGAUGAUGACGACGAUGAUGACGACGACGAAGAGGAGCUGGAGGACCUUAGGGGCCGUAUGAUGAGACGGCGCAAGAAACGGAAAACCUUAGUGACCGUCAAGAAGAAGACCACACCCAGGGCUCAACCCCACCCUCUGUCCUUCACUCCCCCCACCCCCUCGUCGUCCUCCCCCUUCCAGCAGUCUUUGACUACACCCACAACAAACAUAAACAAUAACAUAAACAUAAAUAUUGGGCACGGCGCUAGCGGCACCGUCUCCCAUCGACAGCACUGCCCGUACUGCGGCCGUCACUUCCGAUCGCUCGCCCGUCACCUCGAAAAACAUCACGACCAGCAGCCCGAGGUACGAGCCGCCAUGGAGCUGUCUCACCUCCAGACGCAAGCCCCAGCCACCACCUCUUUUUCUUCUCCCGCCCGACCCACGUCCACCUCUGGACCGUCCCUGUUUUCCCACCCGCAAGAUUCCCUGUCUCCGGCAUCUAAACCCGGAGCGGUCUCCUUCUCGCUCUCCCUGUCCCAGCCUCCUUCCUUGAACCCCUCUAAAAAGAACGCCACCGCCCUCUCGACGGCAACUAAAAAAGGCACGGUGAAGACGGUUGGCAAGACGCCGCCGGUCACACCUGCCAGGAGGGGACGCCCACCAAAGAAAGAAAAGGAAGAACAACAGAAGAAACGGGAAGAGGUGAAGCAAGUGCCAGAAGAAGCUCCUCCUACUCCAGGUAAGGAGGAAGAAGAAGAAGAUGAAGAUACGAGACAUGAUGGGCCUGCAGAUGAGAAGAUGAGUGCUGAGACAGUGAGCUCUCAGCGGUCACACAUGCCUCCUCUGCUGUCUUCGCUCUCCACACUGGUUGUGUAUCUCCGACAACAGCAGCACUCAUCUUUUCUGUCCUUGUCUCGCUCUGCGGGUUCGGCGGAGGCCUGGCGUCUGCUCUGUCACUCCAGUCUGGCGCUUCUGAUUCUGUACAACCGUCAUCGUGAGUGCGAGGUGGCCAAACUCACCAUACAGGACUACCGCAACCGGUCCAGCCCCUCUCGCCUCUCUCCUCUGGAGUCGUCCCUUUCUCCUUUUGAACGUCACGUUCUCUGUCAUCUCGCCCGGGUGGGCGUGUUGGGCAAACGCGGUCGCGUUCAGCCCCUCGUUCUUCCUCCUCAUUCCGAGUCCUGUCUGGAUCUUCUCCUGAAGACCUCCACUGAAGUGGGCGUCGAUCCGGAAAGCCCGUACGUCUUUUCUCGGCCGUACCAUUCCCCUGCCACGCCGCUCCGUGGAACGGACCUUCUCCGAGGUUUGGCGCGCACUAGCGGUGCUAAGAAUCCCACCACGCUCACCGCACCGCGCUCUCGCCGGCAGGUGGCCAUCUUCACUCAGCUCCUCUUGCUGGAGGAGGGCGAACGACCUGCGGGUGCGGCGGCCAAACGAUUGGAAGAUUUCCUCCAGAGAGAGUAUCACGUGACUCAGAGCUGCGCUCGGAUCGGUCAGGACCCGGGGCUGAUGAGCCGGGUGGGACGGGUGGUGCUGUACGGAGAAAGAGAUGGAGUGCUGUUCAGAGGAAUGAGUCUUCAAAACAUCUGUCUCGAACUGGACGUGAUGUCAGGGAACUCUGCCGACUCGUUCUCUGAUGAUUCUGAUGCAGACGGUGAUAAGAAUAAAGACAAAGUUCAGGUGGGAAAGAAAAGAGCAUCCAGCAGUCGAGGACCACGACCCAAAAAAUCAGCACCGGCCACGCCCACCCCUACAGCUACACACAAGAGGAGGAGUUCUCAGGUCAAAUCAGGUAAGCGUGGGGUCCUGAAGCGGCCGUGGUCUGAAGCCGAACGCGUUGCCGUGGAGACUCACCUGAAGCAGAACAUCGUGGAUCUGCGUGUACCUGCGAAAGCUGACUGUGAGCGCUGUCUGCAGCUCUGUCCUCUGCUGGUCAGUAACCAGCGCGACUGGAGGGCCAUUAAAUUUUACUGUCAUAACCGGAUUCAGUUAUUAAAGAAACAGGGCCGCAGAGAAGGAAACAUCACCGCCGUCUGUUAACACAACACUCGCUUACACUUACACAAACUAUUCACCUCACUGAAGAUCAUUCACAUCUAUCAACAUCCCAUAAACAACGUUCUCAUGAAGUUAUUAUUGACUGAAAUCCUUCAUUUGCAUGUUAUUCAUUAUAUUUUCACAUUACAACACGAGACAGACUCUGUUUGUGUCAGGUGAGAUAUUUCUUUAAUCUGUCACGU